CCUGCUGUCACUGCCUGACGCCGAGGGUUGGGGUGUGCAGGGCGCUGGUUACAUUGCUUUAAAGUUACAUACUUACAACUUAAUUUUUUUAAAUAACUUUUAUUUCAUAGACUCACAGCUUCAUAUUUGUUGUUUUUAAUCCAGAUCGUCAAAUCUACGAAAAGAUGAUUGAUCAGGUGACCGGAGUGGGGGCUUUGCCCUUUGCCCUCCAGCUCAAAGCUCUUCUGGAUCAAGAAGCCCGGUAUCAGCCCAAACUCUGUGGACUGCGAGUCGUCGAGUCCGCUCAGGAGAACGGUCUGAGGAUGACGGUCAAGCUGAGAGACUUCCAAGUCCGAGACCUUCUCUCCUUGACGCGGUUCUUCGGCUUCAGUUCGGAGACGUUCUCCCUCGCUGUGAAUCUUCUAGAUCGGUUCCUGGCUGUGAUGAAGAUUCAGCCCAAGCAUCUGUCCUGUGUGGCUCUCUGCUGCUUCUACAUCGCUGUGAAGACGUCCGAAGAGGAGAAGAGCGUUCCUUUGGCCAGUGACCUCCUCAGGAUCAGCCAGAACCGCUUUACGGUCCACGACAUGAUGAGGAUGGAGAAGAUCAUUCUGGAGAAGCUCUGCUGGAAGGUCAAGGCUCCGACCGCCCUUCACUUCCUCAGAUUCUUUCACGCUCUCAUUCAAGAGCAGCUGGACGCAGAAAGGUUAAAGCUGGAGACCUGGUUUGCGUGAGGGAGCUGGUGACUAAAUGCCUGGCUGAAUACGCCUCCACCAAGUGCCUGAAGCCAAACGGCCAGAGACUGCGAUGGAUGAUUUCAGGUCGA